GGGGUCUUAUGAGUGCUAAUGUUGUUUCAAGAGGGGGGACCAAAGUUAGUCUUUGGAAGGGGAACUGGGCAGCCCUGUCUCUUUUAGCUGCAUUCAAGCAUCAAGUCAGCCUAACACCAAUGUCAAACAACCUGAUGUUUCCUGAGGUGCCUGGAAACAGAAAUAGAAGAAAAGGAGCAAGACCUCCCCCUUGUGUCAAGAAACAUGGUUCAGCUUUUAUUUCAGAGACGUAUGAAGAUUUCUCAUUAAUUUGAAACUCCACUUUUUAUGAAUAGUAUAAUCACAUCUUUGAUUAAAUUAGUUUUUUUCUGGUUUUAGCUUGAAGAACCUGCUCAUUUUAGCUCUCCCUGAAGAAAGCAUUUCUGCAGCCAUGUAACACCCUCAGUAUUGCAAAAACCACAGAUGCGUCUUCUUACCUGGAAUCAGCCUGUCAGCUCUUCUGUUGUAUUAAGUAGUAGUUAAAGGAAGGAGCGUUUGCUCACAAUUAUGGCUCUCUCUGAGAUACCGUAAUGAAUAACCUUCGUCCUCCGUAGGCAGAUAUUCAGUGAGAAGGAUAACUUCUCAGUCUAAUAGUCUGUAUGUUUCACAUUAUCCAUGGCAGAAAAUUGUAGCCCAGGGUUGGGAAAGCAUUGAAAGAAACUGUAUUUUUAGAUAGUAGCACACUUGCUUGUUGUAGAGAUUAUUACUUUAAAACCCACUGAUAAUAGUUAAUUUGAAUUAUCUGAAAUAGUUAAUCGGAAGGAUCACAUUUACUCCUAGCUGCUGGAAGGAACGAUAGAUAAAAGUCAUCAGAAAAAUUCAAAGCUCAAUUUCCCCCAAGGUUUGGGUUAUUUGAGGUUAUGGUUCUAAUCUUCAGUGGAAGAUGAAACUUCCUUUUAAAACAGUCUGCGGUGACAAAACUGUUCAGUAUUUCAUAUAGUUUACUAAUGGAAAUGCACAGAUUAUUUUGUAGCAUUUCUAUUGUGGAAGCACUCAGCACGCACAGCAGGAGGGAAUCUGAGCAGAUCCCUGAAUGAACUUGAUAUUGCCAAAAAAAGUUGCCUGGGAGACUGAAUUCUAGCUCAGGUCUCUUUAAAAGACUCAAAAAUGCAUGUCAGACUGCUGUUGUCACCAGCUCAUCUGUACCAUCGCAAUUUAUGAGUUUGUCAUAUAAUGGUUGUUAGAAAGUAUAUUUUUACAGGCAUCUUGGGCUCAAAGCUUAAAUUGCCUCCUGCCCCAUUAUCCGUAUGUGUUUCAAAUAUAAAUGAACUACCAAAUUAGCUUGAAAAAUAUAACCUAAAAUAGGAACUGUAGUGGAAAAACCCAUUAAAACGUAACUGUGCAGCACAAACGCUACUCUUUCCCACUCACUAUGCAUUCCAGAAAUAAUUGGCUAAAGCCACUAAAUACUGCUUAUAAGAAGUAUGUACCAAGAAUGAAUCUGUAAGUCACUCAUCUCUUUUCUGUUUACAGAAUUACUAUUAAUCCUUUACUUGAUUAAAAUAUACUUUCACAGAUGAAAUACAUUUGGGUGCCUCAUUGACAUUAACAGAAAUAGAUACUUGUAUUUCUAGUGACAACAUUAUGGAUUGGUUUGAUGUUGUUUCUUUCUCUCAAGAUCAGUAGAAUUACAAGAAGGAAAGGUGUGGAGUUUGUGCAUUGGAUUUUGCUCUCCUACCCCUCCUUUAACCACUUUACUUACCCUUUAUUUAGAAACCACUGUAUGUGUGCUGUGGAUAUAUCAACACUUAUCACCCAGAUCAUUUCUUAAUGUGAGAGUGGAGGGAUUUGUGCAAAAUCAGCACUGAAAUACUUUUUUAUUGACUCUCCUGGUGGAGAAAAUGUUGUUUUUUUAAGUUUAAAGAUGCCAUAGUUUGAAAUCUGGAGAAAGAUGAAUAGUGUGCUUUUUCAAGGCAAUUCACAAACGGAGGGAAAAAUAGCGUAUGAAAAGACCACAUGGCCAGAAAAAUGGUUGUGGUUUUUUGUUGUUUUUAAAUGAAGUAUGUGCUAUGCUUCAAAAAUUCAUGUCUUCUCAUACGCUUUUUAAUUUAAAUUCACUUUGAACGGUAAAGGAAUAAAAGCUGUGCCAGUCCAGAGACAAGGAUUACUUAGAAAGUUUAUAUUUUCUUUACUUUAGUGUUUGUGGAACUCCAAGGAAUACCUGAGAGCAGAAGAUGCAAUAGUUUUCACCUCUGCCCUAAUGUGAAUUUCAGAGCUUCCAAAACAAACGAUGCUCUGAAAGUGUGGAUGUAACAAAAACAGGAAAGCAAAAAGAGGGAAGCAAGUGAUGGAAGGAGGAAAGAAUUCUGUCGAAGUCCUUAAAAAAAUAAAUGUUUAUAUUAAAUAUUUAUAUUCAUGAAAGGAGCUCGACUCCAGAAGUUCCUGGGAGGUUUUGUUUCAAGCAACAGAAUGGACACAUUUGAAAAUAUAUAAAAUGUUUGCUUCUACUAGUGAUGUUAUUUUUAUAUAAAUAUUUUUUGUUACUUUAAAGUGAGCUUGUUGAUUUGAUAUUUGGAGUUUGAUGGAUUACAUCGUUCUCUAUGCCUCACUAUAGUUUUGUAGCUUCUGUGUUUAGGAAGGAAAAGAACUAUUUUAGGUUUUUCUUAUUUGUUCUAAUAACUUUAAUAAAUAGAAGUAUUUUUAGAGUUUCAUGGGAGAACACAGUAUGUAUUAUUUACCUAGAAAUGAAAAAACAGUAGAGGAAAUUGGCAGGUUUAUUGGCUUAGCUUUGCAUCCCCCAGUAAUUAGUUUUAAUUUCUAAUUACCAUUGCAGUUUGGAUGUACCCCAAGCAGUUGUAUUGAAUACACUUACCAAAUUAACACUUACAUCCUCUUUGCAAAAGUAAACUUGGAAGAGGUUGGAUUGGUUGUUUGAGGGCUUUUUGGUGUGUUUUUGUUUGGUUGUUUCCUUGAAUGUGUGAGUAAUAUGAUUGCUGUGUUAAGAUUUGUGAAAAAGAAAGUGAAGGUGAUGUGGUGUUUAUGUAGGGGAUUUUCAUUUGUCUUAGGCAAACCAUUUUUACAGAUCUGGGUUAGAAGAUGGGUUGUCACUCCUGAAACUUGGAGGUGUGCUUCCUGCCUGGGUCAGUAUUCCUGACCGUUAGGUGGGAGUAUGAACUGUGGGAUCCCAGCUUCUUGACAUCUGGAUCAACACCUCAACAUAACCCAUUAUUUUUGGAAAGAAAAAAACACAGACACAAACCAUGCUUUUACGCUAAAUAAAGCAUUCAAACAUUCAAGGAGAUUUUAUUUCCCUCGUUUCUGCAGUUGCACUUUGUUGAGCAAUACAGUGAACUUUUCUAUAUCCAGUUAUAUUCCUCAUGGUUAAUUAUGGCAGGGAGACUUCUGAACACCCACUGAUAAAAGCAGCAUGGCACUAGAAAUAAAAUCUGUUUUUAACAUUACAAGUUGUCCUUUUAAAUCUCUGGGACAUAUGCUAUCCUUGAGUGACUAACCCAUUUAAUCAUAGUUUCUGGCUCUGGAGCCUUGGUUUGUUCUCUUUCACCUCCUCUUCCUUUUCUGUAACCCCUUCUUUUUUUCCUCUAGUACUCAUGAAUAGUGCACAUCAAAAAUGCCCCGUGGAAGAGCUUCUCGGACUUCUAGCCAUAGUGAACAACAGAGGGAUAGAAGGCGUCCUGAAAUUACAAUAGUUGCUGCUGAACCCCUGCGGCCGUCCUCCUGGUUUCCAGGUGCAAGCCCUGUCGCUCCUCAGGGAUUAGGAUUCCCUUCUGCUUCACCUCAUGCUCAGUGGAGGACAAAUGAGCUUCUUCCAGCCGAGCUUCCUCCGUCUUAUGAGCAGGUGAUAAAGGAAAUAAAUCAAGUGCAAGUGAAUACAACAAAUAACAAUAAUGCUGCUGCUCCUAGACAUACCACUACUUCUGCAACACAAACUGACUUUCCAGAGGAAUUAAUCAGCCAUUUGCCAGAAAGUAAUGUAAAAAGUGGUGUGCCUACACACUGGGAAUCUACAAACUAUCCAGCAGGACCGAGUCCCCUGAAACCUCCUAGGCCUUCUGCAUCUCUCUUGAACAGAUCUUCUUCAGAAAAUGAGACUUUCUUAAUAGUUCGUGAAAAUUCUGAAGGUCAAAGGCGCCAAGAAAAUCCCAAUGCUGUGAUAUGUCCUGUACCAAAGCCAAGAUCAAGAAGCAAUCUCAGACCUUUGGUCAAAAAUACUGGAAGUCAGAUAAGAGAGAAUGGGGAAGAAGUGAACCAGUCUGACACGAAGAGGCAGCAACUUCCAGUUCAGCAGUCAUCUGUCUUAGAUGAUAGCUUACUAGACAAUCACGUGACAGUGGACAGCAUGAGUACAGGCAAGAGCCAAAGUAGUAUUGUUUCAAGAAUCAAAGUUUUUGAAACCCAAGGAGCUAAUGAUACCUCAGGAUUAUUAAAGAAACCAGAAAUUGCCCCUCGUUCCUUUGCCACAAGACCUGUACCUGCAAAGAAGCCAGUAGUUGCUCCAAAGCCAGGGGUAAACAGAGUUUCAGGAGACUGGGAUGCAUGGACAGAAAGCAAACCAACACCUUCCUCCAGAGAAUUGCAGCUUCAACCUGAAGCAGCUGGGAGUAGUGUUGUAGCCAAACCUGAACUGCCAAAGAAACCAAAACCUGGCCUUGUAAAAAGUAGUAGUAGCGAUUUUCUCAAUGCAAAAAGCAGCUCAGUGGCAGAGAACAGCAACGAACAAAGAAAGUUUCCUGUUCCUGCUCCGAGGCCUCUUAUUCCUAAAAAGUCACAUUCUGCAGAAUAUCCUGCCCUUUCUUUGGUCCCUCUAAAACCAAUCUCUGCUCCACCACGGACUUCUGUAUCAGCCCAAGAAAAAGUUUUCAAGUCUCUGGGGGAAUUGUCACCCGCAGAGAACUCCUCAGCACCUGCUUUGCAGAGUAAGCUAGAUCUGGGAGGAGAUCUGAUCAGUUUUGAUGACGAUGUUUUGCCCCUAAGUCCACCCUGUGCUGUUAAAGAUAGCAUCAGUUGUGAAGCAGCAGCAGAUCCAUUCCAGUUUCUUCCCAAAAUCGAACCGGCAAAGGAACAGGCAGCUCAGCCAGCUUUAGCACGGAAACCCACUGUUAUCAGAAUCCCAGCUAAACCUGGAAAAUCUUUAGAUGAAAUCCCACAUAGCCCUCCACCUCUUCCUGCCGAAAAGCCUAUUGGCAACACCUCUGACAUCACAGCGGGCAAACCCAACAGUGGUGACCUAGUAAAAAACGUGGAUUUGAAUCAUUCAGAACAGGCUGGAGCAUCUCAACUAGAACCUGCAUUACCCCCAAGGCUUGUGGAUGGAAAAAUUAUACCAGCUCGACCUCCCCCACCUAAAGGUGUUCCUGGAAGGCCACCUCCACCAAAACUCUCUGCAACCAAGACCUCCUCCCAGAAGGAUGCUCUUUCCCGAUCCACUUCUGACAUUGCUUCUGAUAAAAAAACAAGCAAGCUCAGAUUGGGACCCAAGAGAACAAAAAGCCAAGUCUUAAAAAAUCAAGAUCCAGCUUUACCUCCUAGACCUAAGCCAGGUCAUCCCCUCUAUAAUAAAUACAUGCUGUCCGCGCCUCAUGGAGUUGCCAAGGAAAACUGCCUUCCCAGAAACCAUGGAGAACUGUCUCGUAAGGAUUCAAACAGCUCUCCAAAAGUUUCUGACACAAGUGCUCCCCAUGCUGUAGCACUGCAUGAUUUUUCUGCGGAGCACGCUGAUGACUUGGACCUUCGUUCUGGAGAUACUGUUUAUCUUUUGGAGAGAGUUGAUGCCAAGUGGUACAGAGGAAAAUGUGGGAGUCGCACAGGAAUAUUUCCUGCCAGCUUUGUUAAAGUGGUUAUUGAUGUUCCAGAAGACGGCAAAAGGAAAAAAAUACCCUGCUCCUCACAAUCCAUUAAAGGCCCAAGAUGUGUAGCACGAUUUGAAUACAUCGGAGAUCAGAGAGACGAACUCAGUUUUUCAGAAGGUGAAACAAUUAUCCUUAAAGAAUAUGUAAAUGAAGAGUGGGCCAAAGGAGAACUCAGAGGCACGUCUGGAAUUUUCCCCUUGAACUUUGUGGAAGUAAUUGAAGAUCUGCCUGGAAAAGGUACAGGAGGAGCACUGAAGAAAAAAGUGGAGGUUUCUUCUCCCCUUCAGGACAACCGAUGCUCAGUAGAGUGGUGUGAGGCACUUCAUGAUUUUACAGCAGAAACCAAAGAUGACUUAUCCUUUAGAAAGGGAGACUACAUCCAAAUAUUGGAACAAGUAGACUCUGAGUGGUACAGAGGAAGACUGAAUGAAAAGGAAGGGAUUUUCCCAGCAGUUUUUGUUCAGACCUGCUCAGCCAGAGGAGAGGAGACAUCACAGUCUCUGGGAGGGAAGAAAAAAGCCAAAGCUCUCUAUGAUUUUAAUGGUGAAAAUGAAGAUGAGCUUUCCUUCAAAGCAGGAGAUUUUAUAACAGAGCUGGAAUCUGUAGACGAGGACUGGAUGAGAGGAGAAAUACAAGGAAGAGCUGGGAUAUUUCCCAAAAACUUUGUUCAAAUUUUAAACACACCAUGAAGUGUUGCCUGUCUUUGUACUCCCGGUGUCUGGGAGAGAAUGUUUGCAGCAAAGACAUCAAUGUAUUCUGACUAUCUAUGUUUUGCACUACUUAUUCUGGACAGUCAUACUAGUAUCUUGCAGUCAAAGAAGAUCUUAGUCUUUUGUGACCAUGUACUUAGCCAUGCUUCAGGAAAGCUCUGAGAGCAAAUACAGGCACGAUUUUUAGUGGUCUCCAGCUAGGGAGAUACUGUGGUGCAACACCAUUUUAACUUAAAUAGUAUUCUGUCAUGUUUACUAUCUGGUAUUACACUUAUCAUGCACAACCUCUGCAGAAAGUAAGCUUAUUUGAGCUUCUUUAAGAACUGUUUAAAGUGAUGUUUUUAAUAUAUAAUUGCAGCAGUCGAUAUGUAGAUCAAGUUCAAUAUUCAGGUUUCUUUACUGCUUGACUUCCAUGUUAGCAGAAGAAUUCACUUAUGAGUUAGAUAAUAACAGUAGAAAAAAGUCAAAUUAAACCGGUAAGAGGGAAAACUCAAGCAAAUCCUUGUGUAGAUUAGCCCAAGCAGCUCAUAAAGGGAGAUCAGAAAAGACUUAAGUAUUUUUCCUCUUAACUAAUAGCACUUACACUGGUUUGAACCAUGCUAGACCUUUCCACCCACCUCAAAAAUCUGUUCCAGAUAGAGCCUUAGUUUUCCUACUACCCCCUCUUUGUCAAGCACCACCCUACCCUUCUUUCCCAGCAGGAGUUGUGACGGACAGCAUUUACUCAGCUUUCUCAGUUCCCCUCCCAGCAUAGCUGUACUAUUUCAACUAUUUGUCCCUCCACCCCCUUUUAUGUAAGUGGAAAGCCUGCUUCACUCAGUCUACAUUUCGUUUACCACUCAAGCACUGGAACAUACUUCAGUAACACUAUUCCUAUCCCUAACUUGAAGGAUAUUAUGCAGCCUUGGUUUAGGCUUUCAGCAGGCACAGGGUUAGCUUUCAGGUUGUUAGCACGUACCAGCUAUACCAAGCAUCAUUAUAAAUGGUCUGUCACAGCCUUAAGGAAAAAACAUCUUGCAAGAGGUUACUUCAAAGAAGCUCGAACAAAAUCAUUUAGUAAAAGCAGCAGCAUGACUUGAGCAACAGCAGCUGACCAUGGCUGAGGUAUCUGGACCCUCUGGCAGUAAAUGCCACCACUUCGUGACACUUUGUUUCUGACAGAGUUGUUAAAUGAGUCUUGAUUAGCAGCUAACUGCAGACUGGAGGAGUAAAAAAUUUCACUGCAGUGCUGACAGUAUUCUAUCACUUUUGUACUAUGUGGGAAAAAGAAGAAACAUCAAAUUGUUACUGAGCCCUUACUUCAGAAGCACGGAUGCGCAGAUACCACAACAUAAUACAAGAUCUUUCUGUCUUAAAGUUCUAGUUGCCAGAACGCUAGCAGCUGAGUGGUUGAUGGAGAGUUUGGAAACUAGAAUGAUUGUGACUCACCUUGAGAUAGUUCAGCUUAGUUUUGUGUUGGCUUACAGUUCUGUUGAUAGGAGACCCAUACAUUAUGGCAACAAGUACCUACUGGUGCAAAAAACUCUUCCUUCCCUCCUCUUCAGCAAAGCAGGCAACACAAGCUUCCAGUCAGAACCAAGCUGAAGGGCAGUUUAAUUGCAUUAAAGAGAUUAACAUUAUAAAAACCAUUACAGUGUAUGUGCUAUCCUAUAAAGAUGGAAACAUCACUGUCUAUACAGCUGUUAUUCAGUUUUAACGUCCCAACAAGCCUGUCCUGAACUCCUGUGGGAUUCAACUUAAACUGCAGGCCACCUCUGAGGACAACUCUCUCCAAGCUCUGCUGCCUGGAGCUGCCCAUGGCUCUUUAUACAGAUAAGCUGGCCCUUGCUUUCUCUAGGACUAUGGCAAAACGAAUAGGAGAGAUUUCUCCAGUGAAAUGAAUGCAUAAGAGAGAUUUCUAACUUCUCAACUUAAACUGCAGGCCACCCUCUUAAAGCAGGCUUCUUCCAUUAUGACCAAGACAAAUUCUCAAUCUCUUGUGAGCAGAACAUGAGGAGAACAACAAAAACAAACAAAACCACUCCAACAAACAGAAUACCAGGUCUUCAGAAAAUAUACAAUCACUGUGGUGGGGGAGGAGGCUUAAGUGUAUAAUGUUUACUUAUUGUUUGCCUGGCAGUUUUCUAAGAUUUUGAUACAAGUCUCCAAGUAGAACUGAAUUUUUGUAAUUUUUUUUCCUCAAUUUCCUCUCCCACAUUUUUAUAGCUGUAAUAUUGACCAGUUGUUUUUCUAUCUUCCACUGAAUGUUUCAAGUCAGUGCCUGUCAGUAGGUAAGUUCACUCUUAUUAUUCAUCUCCUCCCACUCUUGCUGGGAAGGAAAAGCAGCAAAGCCUUAAAAGUCUGGGCAAGGAGUGCCACCUACAUGCUGUUUAUGUUACUGCAGACAGCUAAACUAUUGUAAUUAGUGGCUUGCCUUACAAAGGAAGUGAUAGUUAAAGACUUGAUGCCUACUAUCACCAUGAAACUGCAUACAAAUGCCAGAAUUCCUAAGGUGUACAGUACAUUGCAGAAAAGGAAGAACGAAGUUGAACGCCGUUCCUAACUGCAGUAUAGUAGCAAGUUUCAGCUGUAACCAUGACAUUCAAAUGGAGCCCCAUACAUCCAGUGUAAUAGGAAAUGCUUUGAUAAGCAAGGCUUUUAUUGUUUGCCCCACCUCUGGAACUAUCUUCAGGAAGAAGACUUUGUUCUGUGUGCAAAUAACAGUGUCGUAAAUAAAUCUGUUAAGUCUAGUACAUUUGUUAUGGUACCUCUGUAAAUUAAAAAUGUAUUUAACCAAUAAAUUUUUAUAAUUA